GCUAGGGGCGGUGAGGGCUCAUGCUCGGUCCGACCAUGAACAAACAGGACGUACAGCUGGUGAACGAAGGGGAUAUAGACCAUCUUGUGGCUCGUCUGGAGGCACACGGCCCAAUCACAGCGAAGUCGAGGUGUCUGCUGCUUCUGAUUCAGCGCGGCGUCAACACGUGCAAGCAUUGGAUCUACGCAAGCCCCGACACGUCGAAGCCGCUAGUGUCUAUUGUAAUUACGUUGGCCGCGCCUGACUUGCACGUGGUCGACGCCUUCGCGCCGGAGGACGCAGCCAGCAUGCGUCGCCUGGCUGCCGCCAUGCUGGCGCCUGAGUUGCACGAACAUCUGUGGCGGGUGCCGUUCCGUGCCGACUGCUGGCCCUGCUACCUGGAGCCGGUGCUGGACUACGUCCGUCACCAGAGAGAGUUCAGCUCCAGACUCAUCGAAGCCAACACGUUGUUCGUCAAGGAGGCGUCUUCGCCGGCCGAGGAUGUGCUGACCCGCUGCCCGCCGGGCGUCUCCGUGAGGCCGCUGGACGGCAUACACCUGGACACCGUCAAGCGUUUCUGGCCGUACACAGCGGUUACCCCCGAUGCCGACGGUGUGAUGCGCGACGGCAUGACGGUGGGCCUCAGCGUCGGCGUGUUCGUCGCCGUCGACAAUGACGUGGCGUCAUCACCUGACGGCGAGCUCGUCUGCUGGGUGCUGCUCAACAGAAACGCGUUUCUGGGCUUCCUGCACACGCUGGAGUCGCACCGGCGACGAGGCCUGGCGCGGCUGGCGAUGGCCGAGCUCACACGGCUCUUCCUGCAGCGCCGCCUGCCCUGCCUGGUCGCAACCGCCGUGCCGUCCGUGAUGAACAUGAUGAAACCGCUAGGCUACAGUUCGGUCUGCAACGUGUUCUGGGCGCAAGUCUAUCCAGCAGAAGUCGGUGCGACGCAAGAAACAGUGUAAGAUGAUGGCGUCCAGCAGCCGGGCGGUCCGACGAAAACGUCAUCGUAGCGCGUAUAACUGCCGGUCAAAAUUUAUAAAUACAAGCUUUGAAGCGUCUAUAUAUAUAUAUAUAUAUAUAUAUAUAUAUAUAUAUAUAUAUAUGGAUAUUAACAUGAUUAACAGCUGACGGUCUGGGUUUUAAUAGUGGGAAUGGAAGCGAGGCUGGGUGUGAUUUGGCCAGACGACGGAAGGCCACUCGCGCUCGGCUUAGGUGGCAUGUUGUCCGAAGCCGGUGACGCGCGUUUCGGUGCGGCUGAUCGCACGUUAGCCCGCGCUGAGGCUACCUUGACUUUGCCGUUGCUUUUAUGCAUAUAUGCUUCACACACCU